AUGCUUCUAGUGUUGCGACCGAGAACCCAUCAUCUUAUAUCGGCUGUUUCGAAAACCCCCUUGCCGGCAUUCUUUAGUCGGAAAUACUCCUGUACGACUCUCGACGACAACGACGACAACGGUCACAACGACAAGAGCACACAGCAGCAGCAGAUGACGAUAGAAAAUUAUGAUGCUAUGAAAUAUCGAAAAUGGGUCCAGGUCAAGGGUACUUGCGAGGACGAAAAGAACAAGUUCUCAGUCAUGUCGUUCAACUUGCUAUCGAGGCACUACAUUUGGCCUCAUGUCUACAAAGAUUUGUCUCUGGAAUACCUAGAUUGGAAUGGCCACCGUUUCCCCUUGAUCAACAAAACCAUUCAGCAAUUCCAAUGCGACAUCAUCUGCCUCCAGGAGAUGGAGUACCAUCUCUACAAGCACUUUUGGAGUAAGCAAUUCCCCAGCUCCGAAUAUACGAGCUUCUACGUUCAAAAAUCGUCCAUCUUCCAAUCGAACAAGGAUGACAAGAGAGACGGGGUUGGCAUUUUCGUAAAUGCCACUAGGUUCGAUGUGCUCAAAGAGAAACGGAUAAAUUUCGGCCAGCUCAUUCUAAAAGAUAAGAAAAAAUACCAAUAUACAAAGGAUCUAAUGAAUCGACUACUCCCGCGCAACACUGUGGCGUUGAUCCUAAAGCUAUACGACAAACAGGCAGAUAAGAUUGUCUACGUGACAAAUACGCAUUUGUACUGGUCUCCCCAGUAUAACGACGUCAAGGUGCUACAAACAAAGCUAAUGUUGGACCAAUUGAAAAAAUUCGUCAAGGAAGUGAACGCGUCCAUCAUUUUCCUAGGGGACUUGAACUCCAACCACAAAUCAGACGUUUUCAACCUCAUCACCAAGGAAACACUAGAUACACUCCUAUCGCAAGCUUUUGCCGGGAAAAACUACGGAGUCAACAAUGCAUUGAUAGAUAAACAAGGCAAAGUGGAGAACCCGAUUCCGCUCAAGAGCGCCUACGAGAAAUUACUAGCAGCAAACCAACUACGAUUUACAAGUUUUGCACCUUCGUUUGCAGAUGUCCUAGAUCACAUCUUUGUCUCAGACGACAUUGAAGUUCAUAGCAUAUUAGGCGGUGUUGAUGAGCUGUACAUUUCAAGUCUCCCAGUGAAAGGUUUUCCUAACGAGCAGUUUCCUUCUGACCAUAUUCCAAUUAUCGCCGAACUUAGCUACGAGAGAGGCGCCUCAAGCUUCUAG